AUGGCACAGACCAACACGGCACGGGCCGACCCCGUCUCCUGGCAGUCUCUCGCCCGCAGCGGCAAGCUCUCGCGGGCGCUCGACAAAGAGGACCUGGCUACGCCCUGGGUCAAAAAACUGCGAGUUCGAAACCUCGAGCCGUCGCUGGAGCCCUACACGCUUCGCAUCGCGAUGCCGUGCACAUGCGGCGGCUGCGUCGCCGCGCACGAGAUGAAGCCGGAGCGCGGCGGUGCGACGAAGAAGGGACUGGUGAUGGUUUGGGACGAGGCGAAGCAGACGUGCAAGCUCGAAGCCGACCAGCUCUCCGCUGUCGUUGCGGCUGCGGCCCUGGCGCCGGCUAGCUCGGCGGCCGCGUCGAGCGAGGAGCAUCCGCUGCCCGUCGGCAGCACGGCUGCAGAGGUUGUUGGCCCGCCGGUCUCAGAGGAGACAGCGGCGGCGGUGGCGGUGGCCACGGCGGUGCAGGCGGCGGAGGAGGAGUCGGCGGCGGCUGCGGUGCGGAUGGCUGAGGAGGAGGCGGCAGCGGAGGCGGCGGCGGCGGAGGCGGAGGCGGAGGCGACGGCGGCGGCGGCGGCGGCGGAGGAGGAGGAGGCGGCGGAGGCGGCGGCGGAGGCGGAGGCGGAGGAGGAGGCGGAGGAGGAGGCGGCCGAGGCGGCUGCGGCGACGGCUGCAGCGGCAGCAGCAGAGGUGGAGCAGCGGGCGGCGGAGGCGGCUUCAGAGGUCGAGGCGGCGGCGGCAGCCCGCUGCUGUGCUGGGGAUGAGGCUUCAGGCGGCGGCGGCGGCGGCGGCGGGGAGGCGGCUGGCGGCGGCAUGGCUGGUGCGGAGGAAAUGGCUGAGCAGGAGGAGGAGGAGGCAGCCGAGCCAGCAGCGGCGCCCGUGCAGGAGGAGGUGGAGGGCUUGCGCUUGCACCUCUCCAGCAACAUCACCGGCUACUUGGGCGUGAGCAAGGAGCACUCUGGCCGCUUUAAGGCGAUGCACAUCGUGAACAAGGUGCACAACUACCUCGGCACCUUCGACACGGCGGUGGAGGCGGCGGUGGCGUACGCGCGCGCGGUCGCAGAGGAGGCGCCGGCGCCGCAGCUGCACGUUGGGGCCAAGGUGCGCGCCCGCUUCGGCGCGACCGCGCUUGGCGCCGUCGGCACAAAGUUCUACCCGGGUACGGUGACAAGGCUGCACGCCGACGGGAGGGCGGACAUCGCCUACGACGACGGGGACCAGGAGGAGGGCGUCGACCCCAAGUGGAUCGCGGCGGUGGCGUACGCUAGGCCGGUCGGCCAGCCUCCGGUGGUGGCGACAGAGGCGGAGGGCUUGCGGCUGCACCUCUCCAGCAGCAGCGCCACCGGCUACAAGGGCGUUUGCAAGGAUCCCAAGACCGGCCGCUUCCGCGCGGAUAGUCGGAUCGUGGACGGCAAGUCCAGACACAUCGGCACCUUCGGCACGGCGGUGGAGGCGGCGGUGGCGUACGCGCGGGCGGUCGGCGAGUAUCAGCCUCCGACAGUGGCGGCGGAGGCGGAGGCGGAGGGCUUGCGGCUGCACCUCUCCAGCAGCAGCGCCACCGGCUACAAGGGCGUUCGCAAGGACCUCAAGACCGGCCGCUUCCGCGCGGAUCGUCGGAUCGUGGACGGCAAGUCCAGACACAUCGGCACUUUCGGCACGGCGGUGGAGGCGGCGGUGGCGUACGCUAGGGCGGUCGGCGAGGCUCCUGCCCAGGGGUCGGCUGCCGCCGGCAGCGAGGCGCUCGACUCGGACGAGGGCGAGAGCGAGGACGAGGAGGGCGAGGCCCGCUGCUUGUGGGUCGCCUGCGACCGGUGCGACAAGUGGCGGCGGCUGCCUGCCGAGACGCCCCGCCCACUGCCUGCCGAGUGGUUCUGCUGGAUGCACCCGGACCCGGCUCGCCGGCGGUGCGAGGCGCCGGAGGAUGAGUGGGAGGAGGAUUCGGUGGCGGCGGACGCGGCGGAGGAUGGUUUGGAGCAGGAGGGUGCGGCGGCGGCGGUGGCGGAGCCGAUGGACGAGGAGGACGAGGCGGCCGGCGAGGCCUACUGGGUGGACGCGGAGGUGGAUGAGGAGGCUACGGAGGGGGAGGCUACGGAUGAGGAGGCUACGGAUGAGGAGGCCGAGGCGGCAGACGGCGACGUCGUGGCUGCGGAGGCGUCAGGAGCGGCGGAGGCGGCGGGGGCGGCGGGGGCGGCGGGUCCGCACAACCGGGUCCGCAUGGCGAAGCGCCCGCUCGAGCCGUUCGAAGGGCCGCCGCCAAAGCGCCGCUCGGAUGCGGCGCGUGGCCCUCCGUCCUUGGCCUCCCUCCCCUCCUCCUCCUCCGCCGCCGCCGCCGCAAGCGAAAGCGCGCCGCCCCACGCACCGCCCGCCCCCGCCGCCCCCGCCGCCACUUGCUGCGUGUGCGGCACUUUGCUCGACGACGAGGCGGGCGAGGUGAUGGCGCCCUCUGUCGGGUGCGACGCCGGUGGCUGCUCGCGCUGGGCUUGCCUGGCAUGCGCCGGCUUCAGGAGCGAGGCGGAGGCGGGGCGCAAGACGUGGUUCUGCACGCUUCACGCGCCGACGGUGGCGGUGGCGACAGAGGCGGAGGGCUUGCGCUUGCACCUCUCGAGCAGCACCAGCACCGGCUACAGGGGCGUGUUCCAGCACGCCUCUGGCCGCUUCCAGGCGCAGAACAGGGCGGGCGAAAGGAAGGUCCAUAUCGGCUCCUUCGACACGGCGGUCGAGGCGGCGGUGGCGUACGCGCGGUUUGUCGGCGAGUACCAGCCUCCGCCUCCUCCUCCGGCGGUGGCGAGAGAGGCGGUGGCGAGAGAGGCGGUGGCGACAGAGGCGGAGGGCUUGCGCUUGCACCUCUCGAGCAGCACCAGCACCGGCUACAGGGGCGUGUUCCAGCACGCCUCUGGCCGCUACCAGGCGCAGCACAGGGCGGGCGAAAGGAAGGUCCAUAUCGGCUCCUUCGACACGGCGGUCGAGGCGGCGGUGGCGUACGCGCGGUUUGUCGGCGAGUACCAGCCUCCGGCUCCUCCUCCUCCGGCGGUGGCGAGAGAGGCGGUGGCGAGAGAGGCGGAGGGCUUGCGCUUGCACCUCUCCAGCAGCAGCAGCACCGGCUACAGGGGCGUGUUCAAGGACGGCUCGCGCUUCAAGGUGGAGCACAGGGUGGACGGCAGGCAGGUCCGCGUGGGCUCGUUCGACACGGCGGUCGAGGCGGCGGUGGCGUACGCGCGAGCGGUCGGCGAGGAGGGGCCGGCGCCGCCGCCGCGCCCCGCAAAGCGCCCGCGCGAGUCUGCCGCUGCGCCCGUGCCCACCGCCCCUUCCUCCGCUCCCGCCGCCGCCGCCGCCUCCUCCGCCUCCCCCUUUGCCCCUUCCGCGCCCUCCCUGCCUCCAAGCCGCCUCUUCGAGCUCCUGCCCGACGGCCGCACCGUCCACAAGGAGGCGCCUCCCGACAAUGGCGGCAUGGCGGCCGUCGCCGAGGCGCUCGGGCGCAUCGGGCUGCAGUCCUACGCCGCCGCGUUUGACUGCGAGGGCUUCGACGACAUCGAGUUUCUGCUCGGGCUGGACAGCGCCGAGCGGGCCGCCGUGGCGACGGCGACGGGCAUGGACGCGAAGCCGGGGCACGCGGGGAAGUGGGUCAAGUUCGGCUUCGGGGAGCCCUGA